AUGGAACUAGUCCGGAGUGUGAUUGUGUUUUAUGUGAUAGUGCUCAUACUGAUUACAGUGAACAAUGUCACCACAUCGGGGUCUAAACAAGAGGCUAGACUACUAUCAUAUAUGAUACCGGAAGCCCGUGAUCUUAAAAGGGCUUUGGGGCUCAAUGAAGAUAGCUAUUUGAAUUUCACCGAACUAACAACAAAAUAUGGCUACAAAUCAGAAGAACAUACUGUCACCACGGAGGACGGUUACAUUCUCACCAUAUUCAAAAUAUUAUCAAAAUGCGAUGAUAAUUCAUCUCAGUCUUAUCCCAUUUUAUUGAUGCAUGGCUUGAUCGAUAGUUCAGAUGUGUUUAUAGUCGCUGGAGCUGAAUUUGGAUUGGGGUACGUUUUAGCGAGGAACUGUUAUGACGUCUGGGCUGUGAACCACAGGGGCAAUACAUACUCUCGUCGACACAUUUCACUGGAUCCGGACAAGGACAUCCAAUUCUGGGACUAUACCUUCGACGAGCAUGGUAAUUUCGACCUCCCAGCAUCUAUAGAUUAUAUUCUACAAUUAACUGGUAAGCAGAAACUAUUUUAUAUGGGUCAUUCUCAAGGGACCACAAAUUUCUUUGUGAUGUCAUCAUUAAAGCCUGAGUAUAAUAAAAAAAUUCAAUUAUCAAUUCACUUGGCUCCCGUGGCGUGGAUGACUCACAUGAACAGUCCCGUACCAAGGGCAUUGGCUCUAAAUUCGAGACAAGUAAAAGAGAUUCUUGACGCAGCAGGAUUAAGAGAACUUUUGGCCAAACAUCAGUUGACGCAUUUCCUAACUGAAAUACUUUGUCAUUUCGCACCUGAUGCUGUGUGUGGCAUGACUUAUACACUCUCAACAGGUCUUCAGCCCGGUAGUAUUAAACCAAAACUCAUAUCUGUUGCAUUUGGACAUUUACUGUCAGGAACCUCCACCAAAAACCUAUUGCACUUUGCUCAGUUAAUAGUAUCAAAAAAAUUUAAGAGGUUCGAUGAAGGUUUGGAUGGUAACAUGAAGAGAUAUAAUACGCGAAAGCCACCAUUGUACAACGUUUCACAGAUUACUUCCCCGGUUGUGCUCAUGUCUGCGCGGAACGAUUUGUUAUCAAAUUUGAAGGAUGUCGAGACCUUAACUUCUAAGUUACCCAAUCUUGUAGAAAAUUAUAUAGUUCCAAUAAGAAAAUGGAGUCAUGUGAAUUACGUGUACGAUGAGAGAGCUCAGGAAUAUGUGAACCCAAAAAUAUUGGAAUAUUUAAAACGUUAUAAUGUUUGA